AUGGCGCGUUUGAACUCGUUCUUUGAAAUUAUUCUGCAGUAUAUAAUAUUUAUUUUACACACUCAUUUUGAGAUUAUUAAUAUUGUAAUUUCCAUGAAGACAAACUUUUCAUGCUUCAACAGAGCUGCUGGAUUUUAUGCUGAUGUUAAUGCUCACUGUAAAAUAUACCAUACCUGUGAUGAAUAUGGAAAUAAAUUUACUUAUCACUGUCCAGAAGAAACUGCUUUUCGACAAGAUGCUUUGAUAUGUGAUCAUGCUCAUCUUGUCCAUUGUGAAGGACAUAUUUCCUCUAAUGCAAAAGAAUGCAUUGAAAAAAACAGAACCAAUAAUUCUUGUUGUUCAGAAAACAUAGCAGCGAAAAGUGAAUCUCUCUUUCAAUCUUUUCAUGUUACACAAGCAGUGGAAGGAAAUAAUAAAAUGCAACAUGGAUUUGUCUUUAAUCCAAGAGGAUUUCUGAAAAAUUUCAAUACGACAGAAACAGCUAAAAUUAAAGUAAUGAACUCAUUUCAGCCAUUAAAUAAUAUUAAUUUUACUACAAGUAUUUCUGUUAAUAAUUCUAUAAAUACUAGAGCACAAUAUAUGCCUACAAUAAAUAAUCGUCAAGAAAGUGGAUUAAAAAAAAAUGCUAACUUUUCUAUUCCAAGUCAAAGUAUUUAUAGUAAAGAUAAAUUUAAUGAAAAGCAAAAAAUGGAUCAAGAAGGUUAUUUAAAUAAAAAUAUAAAUAAUCCUUUGUAUAAUUUUCUAAAAUUACCACCGAAUACAUUCUCUGAGAGUAUUAAAAAUCAAGAAAAUAAUAUAAAGAACCAUCAGUCUACAAGGAGUCCUAAUGAUUUUUUAAGGUUAUCUUCUGCGAACCAUAGAAAUUAUUUAGAAACUUUGAAAUCUAUACAAAAAAAUACAAAAAUUCCUGUUACUAUGGCAGCAAAUAUUGUAAUAAGCACCACAGAAUUACCUGUGUAUGCUUUGACAUUAUCUUUAAAACCUUUAAUACCAGGUGAAUUAGAAUAUGAUCCAUAUUAUCCAAAGAUUUCAACAUCAACAGAAUCUUACUAUACUCCAAUACAUGAUACGAAAGAAUGGCCUCCCAUUAGAGAUUUUACACAGACAACAUGGUCAAGUACUCAUUUUCAACUCCCACCUGUUUUACCAGAUUUGAAUUCCUUAGAAGAUAUUGUUGAUCGUAGGAAGCUACUUUACAUUCCUCGAAAUAAGUUCAAUUAA